AUGACAGACCAUCCGGUUGACCCGGUCGCAGACACCGCCUCCAGUGUAUCCUCCACCGUCACAUCUCCCCGGUCCAGUGCCGACCAUUCCCGCAACCCGUCCGUGAGCAGUCGCUCCCUCCGCCUCUCCGGCGUCGCCAACCACCAGCACCGCCAGAGCAUGAGCGAAAGCCUCCGCGCCGCUCCCGGGUCCCCGCGCGCACGCCGCCAGCCGUCGCUCACCCAGGCCGCCAUCCAGAGCCUCAUCGACAACCCUCCGGCGCCCAGCAAUGGCAACCCCGCGUUUGUCGGUCGGGACUGGCGCGAGAUCUCCAUCGGCGAGCUGGUCAGCCCGGACGAUCUCAAGUUUGUCGAGAUGGACACGGGCAUCGAAGAAGCGACGAAUGUUCUGAUCGAUACCGGGGCCGCCGUCCUGCUGAUCCGGGAGUCCCCCCAGCACCAAUCCGCCGUGGGCACCUUUGACUACUCCGACCUGAACGCAUACCUCCUGCUGGCGGCGGGCUUGACGCGGCCGGACGAGGAGCUCCUCCCGUCGUACGAGGAGCUUGCCCGCAAGGCGAAGGAGGGCAUCCCGAUCCCGCUGCGAGACGUCAAGGACCUGGGGCGCAAAGAACCGCUGACGACGCUGCCGGCAUCGGCCAGUGUCCGGACGGCCGUGCAGACCUUUGGCGGCGGCGUGCAUCGCGUGGUGGUGGUCGAUGAGAAGGAUGGCAACGAGGUGGUGGGCAUCUUCAGCCAGUACCGGCUGGUCAAGUUCCUGUGGGAGAACGGCCGCAGCUUCCCGGUGCUGGACCAGCUGUAUCCGCAGUCGCUGCACGACCUGCGGAUCGGGUCGCGCGACGUGAUCUCGAUCAAUGGCGACCGGCUACUCAGUGAAGCGCUGGAGGUCAUGAACGACGAGGGGAUCUCAUCGAUCGCCGUGGUGGACAACCACUUCAAUGUUGUUGGCAACAUCUCCACGACAGACGUCAAGCUUCUCACCCGAUCGUCAUCGCUCCCGCUGCUCCGCAACACCUGCACGCACUUCAUCUCGGUGAUCCUGUCGACUCGCGGCCUGGAGGAGGGCAAGGAUUCCUUCCCGGUGUUCCACGUCAACCCGGGGUCGACGCUGGCGCACACCGUGGCCAAAGUGGUGGCCACGCGGUCUCACCGACUCUGGGUCACUGAUCCGCUCUCGCCCUCCUCGUCCGGCCCUCCCACGCCCUCUCACUCCUCAUUGCAUAUCCCCUUAGCCAGUAACCCCAGCAACCCCAGCCCGCCGCAAUCACCCGCCAUCACCACCCACAACGGCACCACGCCCGGCUUCAACAACAACAACAGCAGCAGCAGCAGCAGCACGCCGCAGGCCUACCUCGGCACGACGAUCGUGCCAUCGAUCCCGGCAUCCGCACUCCCGGGGCGGUUAUCCGGCCGGCUGGUGGGGGUGGUCAGCCUAACGGACAUCCUGAACCUUCACGCGCGCGCCAGCGGACUCAGCCCGGCGGACCCAGCCGAGAGUCGGAGCCGACGCCGGCGCAGCAGCAGUUCGAGCGUCGGGGUGCGUCGCUCCGGGGAGAUCGGGCGGGAAUUGUUCAGCGGGCGGAUCGUAUGA